ACUGUUGACUCCAAACCCAAGUGACUAUUGUCUUAAAAAAAAAUUUUUUUUUUUUGGACAAUCUGAUUCCAUAAAAGAAUUGGAUGUGAGCUAUAAGCCAAUAGUGGAAUAUAUUGAUGCUCAAUUUGAAGCCUACUUACAAGAGGAAUUGAAGAUCAAACGUUCUCUCUUCAACUACCACGACACCAGGAUCCACGCAUGCCUCUACUUCAUUGCCCCUACUGGCCAUUCACUGAAGUCUCUGGACCUAGUCACCAUGAAAAAGCUGGACAGCAAGGUGAACAUCAUUCCAAUAAUUGCAAAAGCUGACACGAUUGCCAAAAAUGAAUUGCACAAAUUCAAGAGUAAGAUCAUGAGUGAACUAGUCAGCAAUGGAGUCCAGAUAUAUCAGUUCCCCACAGAUGAAGAAACGGUGGCAGAAAUUAAUGCAACAAUGAGUGUCCAUCUCCCAUUUGCUGUGGUCGGCAGCACUGAAGAGGUGAAGAUCGGCAACAAGAUGGCGAAGGCCAGGCAGUACCCCUGGGGUGUGGUGCAGGUUGAGAAUGAAAACCACUGUGAUUUUGUGAAACUUCGGGAGAUGCUGAUCCGCGUGAACAUGGAAGAUUUGCGAGAACAGACUCACACCCGCCAUUAUGAACUGUAUCGGCGUUGUAAGCUUGAGGAGAUGGGGUUCAAGGACACUGACCCUGACAGCAAGCCCUUCAGUCUUCAGGAGACUUACGAAGCAAAAAGAAAUGAAUUUCUGGGAGAACUUCAGAAGAAAGAAGAAGAAAUGAGGCAAAUGUUUGUUAUGAGAGUGAAGGAGAAAGAAGCUGAACUCAAAGAGGCAGAGAAAGAGCUCCAUGAGAAGUUUGACCUCCUAAAGCGGACACACCAAGAAGAGAAGAAGAAAGUGGAAGACAAGAAGAAGGAGCUGGAGGAGGAGGUGAACAACUUCCAGAAGAAGAAGGCAGCGGCUCAGCUCCUGCAGUCCCAGGCACAGCAGUCUGGGGCCCAGCAAACCAAGAAAGACAAGGAUAAGAAAAAUAGUCCUUGGCUCUGCACGGAAUAAAUGAUACCCUCAAAUCUAAUUGGAUGUGCUUUCGCCUUUGCAUGUAAGUACAGUAGUAAGAAAACUUUGAGAUCUUUUGGAUUUUUUUUAAAUUAGAGAAACAAACGGGAUAGGUGAAUUUUUUUUUUUUUCCUUUUUUGGAGGGAGGUAUAGGGAGGUAAUGGUUUGAGUAGCCUUUGCUUACAAAAAAAAAAAAAACUAUAUAUUUAAAAUAACCACAUUUGUACCUUUUCCACAAGAAAUAUAAAUUCAGUUUUUUCUUGAUACCAGUAUGGAGGUCAGAAAUUAUUGUUCCCAGCUGUGUUCUACACAGCAUUGUGGGCAUCGCUGGAGAUUAGAGGGUCCUUGGUUCUGACUAUGUAAAUAAAGGUAGAAUAAGAAACUACCACCUUCCAUUGGAGAAAAUCAAGAGGAAAAUGUUUUUUAUGCUAAGCUGCUUUUAUGACUGCUUAAUUUUUUUGAUGAUCUUGGUUUAAUGGUCUUUCCCUCAUGCUAACUGCUAGCAGUGAACACACCUGUUGUUUUGUUUUUUUGCCAGAUCUAGCUGGCCUCUCUCCAAAUCUUUUGUUCAACCAUAAUGACCAUUGCUUCUGGACUUUAGAUACUCGUAACAGUUGUACAUGCAGUAGAAUGUGAUGGAGAAGCAUUUGGGGAAUUUAUUAGCAGUUAGAGACUAUGUUUUCCCAACCUAGGCUCCUUCUUAACUGGUCAAAGUUUUGUCCAGAAAGGGCAUCUCAACCAGGGAAACAUUUAAUGUCACACUGAGCACAGGUUCUUUAUUACCUUCCUUCUCUGCUUUGGAAUCUCACCAGCAAUAACACUUAGUCUUCAUAUCUUGUGCACUUCAAACAAAUGGACUGGGUUUCUUCACUUUCUUGACAUAUCCAUUAGUGUGUCACAUAUAGACUGUUGAAUCUUGGUUUCAGCUGUUAUCAACCCAUGUCAUACUGUCUCUGUGUGGUCCUUCCAAACCGUCCUUUCAGAUCCCUUUGCUUUGCCAUUUGCAAGUGUCUGAAAUCGUCAAGUCUCAGCUUCCAGAAGUCUUGGUUCCAUUGACAGGAUACAUAUGUGAUGACUCUUUAGUGGAAAUUAUGACCUACAAAGUCUAGAUUGUAUGUAGGUAUGAAGGGAAUUUUUUAAAUAAAUUGAAAAGCUGUGAACAGCAUUAGAACUUUGUCUAUUUCUUAAUUUUAAAAUAUGCUGAUAUGCCUUAAACUGUAGUUGUAGAACACUGUCAUUUUGCUGUUUGAAAAUAACCAAUGUGUUUCUAAAAAAAAAAGUGUUGUGUAAUCUACUUUCAGUGUUAAUGCAGAAUUGUCAUAUAUGUAAGCUGCAUGUUAGACACUCGUCCUUUUUAAAAACUAAAAUAAUUGUAUCGAUAUGAACUAUAUCAUUUUUUUCAAGUAAGAAAGUAAUCACUUAGCAAACAUGCUCGGUAAUUUGGUGUCUGUUAAGGUAGGAGAGUGGUGGACAGGUAAUCUAUGCAUAUAUCACUAGUGCCAAGACAUAAAAGUGGGGGAAAAUAUAUUUUUACCCAAACAA